AUGGAUGCCGAUAUCGAUGCGAUCAAUUUCGAUGAUGACGAUGACGACGAUGCUGGUAUGUUCAGCAUCGCCAAUGACUUCCAAAGUGAGGACGAUGACACCCUAACUGGUGAAGACAACGUCCUUUCAGCAGUGCACACGAAGCGCACUGCUCUUGACAAGAAUGAAAAAGCAGAGGAGUUUCUGCUGAAUCGCGAAGCGGUUGUCCGCUUCAUUCAAGACUCCGUUGCAGAUGCAAUAGACAAGCAGAAAUGA